AUGCUGCCUUUAUGGAAGAGUGUACCAAAAGCUUCGAGAACUUUGAGCUGUAGAGCGUCACCCUUGGUUAGAAAAUGCUAUUAUACCUUGAUCUAUUGCUCUCUUCUCACAUUUAGCUGAUUGUAAACUGAGUAUAGUGUUCGCGUUUACUAGUGUAAUAUUUAUACAACUAACCUAUGUAAGCUUAUAUUCGAUUUCUAGUGGUGUUUUUUCAUCAUGGAUUUACUUUCACGGUUUUAUUUACUGUAGAAGAGACUAUAUGCAUAUGCAGCUUCUCCUUUGAAUGAGCCUUUAUCGGAUUUACAAACGGGAAGUGCGGACCAGGCUGAUCUUGCUCCUCAGACCGUCCAGGUUUGUGAAAUUGUAACAUAUUUAAGCCCCCACUCCCCACCCCCAGAACGAUUGAUUAGGUAGCAAGGGUCUUUACUUUGUCAGGAAAACAGAAAGAGCAAAGCGUAAACACAUUUAACAUUUCGGAAAACAAACGGGGUACAGCUAAUGCAGCUACUAACUCUGAAAUGACCUGUUAAGACUCUGUACUUCACAUGAGCCAAAUCAUACUCACUGAAUUAAGUUCAUAUGAAGUACAGCUUCUGAUUCAAUGUGAAACUGCUAACUGAAUUUGGAUUGGCUCAGCCAUUCUUCACGCCCUGUCUCAGCUGGGAAUACUGGCUGUGGACCGGUGGUUAUUCAGACACCAAACUUCUCAUGAGCUGAACCAAAUGCAUAAUGUAGGAAUGUACCGGUAAUGUAAGUAUGUAACUGAAAGGCACUUUUUUCCCUUUGAAAUUUUAUUUGGUCGGGCCCAGUGCAUUUAAGCAUGGUGAAGGUAUGAUUUCAGUACAGGCCAGGGGAAUUGCAGCAUUUACAUGUACACGUGUGUAUAUUACAUGCAAUAUGGUGGAUUUAUAUGCAGAAUACCAGCGAAAACAUGCGUGUAAAAUUUUACACGAACAAUAAUAAUAUUGUUUGUGUAAAAUUUUACAUGCAGCUUAAAUUACGUGCAAGAUGCAUGUAUUAAUCACAGGGAAAUUUCCUCAAACAAGCUAUGUGUAUUUUUUUGAUGGCAGAUCUAAAAGAAAUCAUAUGAUGCUAAUUGAUCACAGUCUCUUCACAUUUAAAUUUCGAUAUUAACUAAUAGGUCUUGAUUCAAAACGCAAAUUAUUUUGAAUCAUGUUUUUCACAUUCAAACCAGCUUUACUAAUCUAUGAAAGAAUCUUUUUGUAAGUUGGAACAGAAAAGUUAGAGUCUACUUCAUACACUGUAGUCAGCAGUGUACUGUGUGUUUUCUUUUAUUAAGUCAUUGCAAGACCAUUUAUUUGGCCGACAACAACAGCUUUUUACCUCAUGAAAUUAAAAAAAACAACUUUUUAGCAGAUAUUCAUUCCAAAACAUUUUAGUUUAACCAAACUGUAGAUACAUGUUUUUAAGGUUAAUUAUUGACUAACAAUGUUGCUAAUUCCUUGACGGCACAGGCUGAGGUUGAAUUUGGUACGCUUUUAAAGAUAUAAAAUUUCAUAUAAGCUUAUGUGUAUUUUGUCAUGUAUUUUUACAGGUAUGUUUUGUGCGUGUAUUUCUCAUGUAAUUUGUGUGUAAUAAUUAUGGUGGAUUUACAUGCAAGAAACACGCAUGUUUAUUGUCCAUGGCUGUCAUUAGUAGCCGAUAGCUGGCUUUUUUAAUGGGCUACUGCAGUAAAAUCAACUGGCUACCUAAAGUUUCUAAAUAAUAAGUCAAAUAUUACAAGGAGAAUUUGUGGGUGAAGAGACCGGCGACUAAAAACGUGAAUGACAGCCUUGAAUGUCAAGGACUGUUUUGGAAUGUUUCUUUUUUUGGAAUGGGAGAGGGGGAAAUGUCGUUUUAGUCCAGCAUACUGUGCAUGUAAUUAGCAGUAUAGUACUUCAGCUGAGCAUAAUUUUGAGAAUAAUAAGCUGGUAGAAAUGCAUUACUCACCUUUACAAGUAUCUGUCUGACCCUAGUUUGGUCUCGGGCCUAUAACCACAUUGCCACAGAUCAGUCUGCAUUAAAGGAGCCUUCAUACAGUAGAAUAUUAAUUUGCAACCCACUCAACUUUUAGGUUUUAUAGCAUUACAUGUAAAUAAAUUAAUGCCAUAGCAGUUUAGGCCUUUGUCUCUUGCUAGUCUGGCUAUCCUGCCUAUUAUAAAACAUCUUGACUAUCACUAGGAUGAUGUCCACAUGCAUAAAAAACUGCCACAAUGCCAUGCACAGUUUACUUCCAUCCAGAUCCCCAAAGUAAACAUAAACACAAAAGCCUGAUUACAUGAAAUCUUAAAUGAAGCUUGGGUCCUACCUACAUUUGAUUGAAAAAGGGUAGCCUGUGUAGCUGGUGGUUUUGUUAGGGAAGGGCCCAAGCUUCACUUCCAGCAAAACUGCCAGCUUUGUACCGCAGGCUUGAAAAUGAAUAGAUUAAAAAAAUCUAUAUACAGAAGAAUGUAAAUUGUAAGACAGCUUUUGGUUGGAAUAAUCAAAAUUCAAAAGUCACAAUUUUUACUAACUGCAAUGGUUUAUCCAGAGGCAGUGUACGAAGAAAGCGGUGUCCGAUAGCCCGGGGCUAGUGGAUUUUGCUAUUGGGCUAGUGAUUUUUGUUCUCAACUUGCCUGACGGGCAAGUGAUGGGCAAGUGCUCUUUUUUGGGGAAAUUCAAAUUACAGAAGGAUUGUAAUCAAUCCUGCUAAUCAAAAAGGGUUUUGGGCCUAGUUGAAAUGACUUGUGGGCUAGUGCAUGCUACAGGUAACUACAGCUUGCCCUAAUGGCAGGCUGUAAAACUGACUCUCUUUGCACCCUGGAGAAGUGAUUAUUAAACUUAACCAAACUCUGAUAAUUAUCUACUGUAAUUGUUGUUGAAUGGAUAUCUUUGAUUUCAGGCCCUUCCUAGAAUCUGUUUCUACUUUGGUCAAAAGCUGUAGUGGUGUUUAUCUUUUUGAUUUGCGCCUCAAAAUAAAAUAGUCUCCUUUAAUGUGUCUUUCUGACAGGUUUCCACAUUAGAAAAUGGUCUCAAGGUUGUUUCUUUGGAAACAUAUUCACCAAAGAGUAGAGUAGGGCUAUUUAUCAAUGCUGCCAGUCGCCAUGAGACCUCAAACACAUUGGGGAUUACUCAUUUGUUACGCAAUGCUGCAUUCUUGGUAGGUGGAUGUGGAUUUCACAAGUUGCAAAUGUACUGUUCUGUUUAAAGAAAAAUGAAAGUCCAUGUGCAUGUAAUUUGCUGGGUUAUGUGGAAUGUCUUACCUGACUUUAUAAUAUUACGUGGGAGUCUUAAUCUGACAUAGAGUGUCCUUCAAUAAGAAACUGAUGUCAGUACAACAAAAACUUAAUCUCAGUAUUUCCAUCUCCCAUAAACAGGUGGCAUUACUGAUUAAGAUGCAAUAACAACAACUACAACACAGAGAUAACAUAACAGUGGUCAUAAAACUUGAUAAUAAUGGGUACAAUGUAAUUGUUUUAUUUUCAGUACAAAAUACUGUCAAACCUCCACCUGCAACCACUUCUCAUAAGUGACUGCCUAUCGAAAAUACAUUGGAUCUUCGAUAUACCAAACCUCUGUAUUUUAAAGUCUUUGGUAUAACAAAUGAUUUUCUUUACCGUAGUAUUAGUUUGGAAAAGAACCUUGAUAUAUUAAUUAAACCGUCUUAUAGCAGACAAGUUUUGCCAGUCCCCUAACCCUUUGUUAACUGAUGAUCCACUGUACCUAGAUCAGUUUUCCAAUCAAAGUAUUACAGUUGAUACACUGUACCUCUUGCAAGAGACUACCUUCUUUAUUAAAGUAACCACCAUAUUAUUCAGUCACUUAUGUGAAGUCCAACAGUACUCACAUACAUUAUACUUUUAAUUGAAUGAUGAAUUUAUGAUAUUAAUAAUUAUCUCUAGGGAAAUGAACAGCGGUCAGGAUUUAGAAUUGCAAGGGAGCUGGAACACAAUGGAGCUAGUCUUGAGUAAGAAAUGUUAACUUGUUUUGUCAAGUGCAAGUUUUGGUAAUUAGAUACAUGUAAAAAGUUAGUAACUGUUAUUCAUUGUUAUUUUUAUUACUUUUACAGGGCAACGUGCAACAGGGAGCACCUCAUUUAUUCCUCAGAUUGUCUUCGCAAGAAUUUGUGAGUUUUGUUUACCUUAAUGUUCAACUUUCUUACACACUCUUAUUGUGCUCAAGAUAUAAAAAUUGAGUUGGUAAGAAUAGCUUACUGCAGGAACAUCUGGCCCUGGUUGUUCAAAAGUUGGAUAGUGCUAUCCACUGGAUAAAUCACUAUCCACCAGGGUCCGGUUUCUGAAAGGCCAAUUAGCUCUAAUCCAGGAUUAAAAUUUUGUUCCGUUUUUGUAGUUUUCCUUCUUAUGUAUUGCUUAGAGUAACACUUUGUGUUAUCAUUACUGUAUCUCGGAGUAAAGGUUCAACAGUCUUUUUAGUUCGAGUUGCAUGUUCUUAGACAAGAAAACCUUGUUUAAGAUUUAGCUUAAUCCUGGGUUAAACUUAACCAUUUGAGGAACCAGGCCUAGAUAAUUAGUACGAAACCACUGGAUAGUGAUUUAUCCAGUGGAUAGUGCUAUCCACCUUUUGAACAAACGUGGCCUGGACUAUUAACCAGAAUGUCAUAGAUUUGAUGUCUAUUGAGAGCACUAAGUUUUUUCAUGUCAAUUCACCUGUGUCACUGACUGAAAAAUCAUACUGUGCAAUAUUAUUAUGGUACAUGACCUGCCAGUUGAAAUUGACAGGAUUCGUAUGGGUCGUGGAAAGCUGGAAAGUCAUGGAAUUUAAGAAUUUAAUUUUCCAGGCCUGGAAAGUCAUUGAAUUAAAUUGUCAGUCCUUAAAAGUCAUGGAAAAUUUAAGUUUUGUUUGAUAGAUUAGUUACUGCAGAUAAUAAGGCGAGGAUAAUGUAAGAUACAGUGGAGUGAUUAAACAGCGCAAAUGGCAUGCAUUUUGGUGGACACCAGAGUGUGUAUCUGUUAAACUGUUGAGGGUCAAAAAAUGCCCCAAAACAAGAAAAGUUUUUAAAAUUUUUGAGACUGACGGCUAAACCUAGGGUCUUGGAAAACUUGAAAAGGUCAUGGGAAAGGUCAUGGAAAGUCAUGAAAUUUGAAGAGCUCAAAGGAGUACGAAGCCUGAUUGACAAGUGGAACAAACACUUAACACAUUAUUUUUCCAUAUGACUAUUUUAAAAGAAAGUUGAUAUCUCGCAUUUCAUGGGAUUACACCUACAAGUUAACACUUAUGGGAUUACACCUACAAGUUAACACUUAUUCGUUUUUCAGGGAAUCUGUUGUUGAUAAUCUUGCUGGAGCUGUAAAUGACCCAGUUUUCUACCCAUGGGAGGUGAGAAUGGUUAUUGAUUUCAGUCUACUUUGUACAAUAUCAUAGCCCUGAAGGAGGACUCCUAUAAGAAAGGGUGUACCAAGGUUGAACCAAACUAUGAUUUAUUACUACAAGUUAGGUUCAAAAAUGAGGCUAUGUACAAAAUCUGUGCAAGAGCAGCAAAUGGGAUGUACAAACAUCUAAAAUAAAGAAUUUAAACACUUCAUAAGUAGGUGGAGUUAUGAAGUCUGGGAGAUAAGGAGUGUUGUUGACUGUGACUAACAUUUUGACGGCUGGGGGGUAGUCACUUUUUAUAUAUAUGCAGGAUUGGCUUGCCUAUAAGUUUCGUUUUUACAUUUAUUGAUCUUUUUUUUCAGCUUGAUGAAGCAGUCAAGCGUUUGAAAUUAGAUCUUGCAGUAAAGGACACACAAGCAGAAAUAAGUAUGUUUGUCACUUGCUGUGUCAAAGUCUAGACAGAGAAUUUUUGCUCAAACGUGAACUACGCUUAUUUUAAGAACAACAGUGCAUGCUAGUUUUCAAUGCGUCACUUGCCUGGACACAGUUAUGAAAUAAAGUUUGUGUCUUUUGGUUAUAAAGAGCUGAUUAUGAGAAACUUUCUUACUUAUUUUUGUAUUCAUUAUUCUUGGUGCAGAUGUUGUGGAGGAACUUCACAGAAUUGCUUUCAGGUUUGUUAGAAUUAGUGAAGUCUUGCUUGUUUGUGUGUGUAUAUAUAGGGCUGUCAUUAGAAACCGGACAUGGCAGUUAAUUCAGCCGGUUACCCUUAGUCUGAUCAUUCAGUAAAGGCUCCUGUUAGCCAGCUCAUAGAUAAAUUGGAUAAGUGUAGAUAGGGCAGUUCAAUAAUCAAAGUAAUACUGGGAACUUGUGAUACAGUUAAAUAAAUAUAAUUUUAAGCUGAAUGGGGCUUUCAUUCUUCUUUUGAGAAUUUUGUUUUGUUUUGAUAGUUGUGAUGUAAUCCGUUUGAGUUACAACUAAUAGUGAAUUAGUGGAUUCGUUAAUGUCGCUUUAAUAAUUUGGGGUCCAUUUUUCGCAGCUAGGGUUUGUCAUCGUAUUAGCUUUUCACUGAAUGAAAUGCCAUUGUCAGGUGGCUAUUAUGCGAUAGCUCUUUCACACUAAAUUGAUUGCAUCUUCUUCAUGUUAUUGGGAAGGAAUGUACAUAAAAAAUUGGUACAAAAUAAAUCAAUUAUUUCAUGUUGUUUGAACAAUUUUUAUGUCCGUUUUCCCAAAUAUGUUGUAGUUAACUUUUUAUCUCAGGUAAUUUUUAGUUUUCUUUAUUUCCACUUCAUUAGCUUAUAUUACCAUACCCAAAAACAAAAGAAAAACAAAAAUAACCUGGGCCUGGUUCCUGAAAGGCUGAUUAGUACUUAUCCAGGAUUAAAAUUUACUCAUUUUAUACUCUAUGUUAUCUGGCAAAAAUAUAUGCCUUUCUAGUACCUGCUAGAAUCUGUAAAACAUAUGUGCAUAAUGUGUUUGGAAGAAAACCAAUGCUUAUUAGGGGAGGUAGGAGUAAAAUUAUGUUUAAUCCAAGUUUAAUGAAAAAAUUAAUGAGUCAAGUGAGUGAGCGAAUGAUUGAAUGAUUGAGUGCCAUGGAAUGACUACAUCAUCCAUGAGCUAAAAAUAAAUCAAACAUAACACUAACACAGCUUUCCCUAAGAAGGCCAGUUGCUAAAAAACCUUAAUGACAGCCCUGUGUAUUUGUUACUAGUUAAUUUUGAUUUAACCUAGGUUGAUUCUCAUUUUCCAAUGUCUCCUAGCCCUAGAAAACAAAGGAAAUUGAGAAUCAACCUACGUUAAAAUUUUUUAACCUGAAAUCAAAUUUGUGCUGUAAUAUACAUUUUUAACAUUGUCAUCAUUGAACAGGAUGAUUUUGCUACAAGUGUUUCUUCUCAUGAAGUUUUGUUUGGUCUAAAUUUCAGGAAGACCUUGGGAAAUUCACUGUAUUGUUUACCACACAGGGCAGGCAAAUUUACUUCUGAUGUGGUAAGAAUAGAACAUUAAAUUAGCUGGUAAAUCUACCACUUCCUCUGUUUUGCUUUUUUCAGUUAAGAAACUGGUUUUAUCAAAUGUCCUUUGUUGUAUGUAUUAUUUAUAGGUGGCCAGUGGCCUUUUUUCCUGUAUUUACUGUCUGGCAACUGAAAUUUUACUUUAAAUUUUUGCAUUGGUCUUUUUUUUGAUAGGUGAAAAGCU